AUGGACCCUUUCCCGGGAGCCAAAACUCGAAGCCCCCGGGAGCGGCGCUGUCAGAGGGUGACGUCGGGGGGCGGCGCCUGCGCCAUAUAUGGGAGCGGCCGCCCCUCGCCGCGCCCCUCGCCGCGCCCCUCGCCGCCGCCGCCGCCGCCGCGCUCGCCGACUGACUGCCUGACGGCGCCGCGAGCCGGCCCGAGCCCCGCGAGCCCCGCGAGCCCCGCCGCCGCCGCGCGCGCCGCCGCCGCCGCCGCCCCCGGCCGCGCCGCGCGGCUCCCCGCGCCCACCCGCCGCCCGGGAACCACACGGUCAAAACACUGCAGGGAGGAGGGGGGGACGCGCGCCCCGAGUUGCCCCAAUGCCUGCACGACGCGCCCGGGGCCUCAGCUCGCCCUGGGGCGGCCCAGAGGGACUGCGGGGAGGGCCGCGGGGAGGGGGCUGCGGGGCCCGCCGCCGAGUGGGGACGCGGGGGCGGGGGCGGGGGCCGAGGGCAGGGCCCCCCCACCUCGCCAAAGGCGGGGCGCGCGGCGCAGCCUGCUUUCUAAACAGACCCAAGGCUGCUGGGGGGCCGGUCCGCCCCCGUCUGGGCCUCGCCGGGCGCGGGUGUCCGCCCUGGCGGAGGCCGCCGAGUGCCGGCCGAGCGCCCACGUCGGAGGCGGGCUCUGCCAGGCGCUCUCUCCUUCCCGGGGACCACGGGAGACCCCGUCCCCCGGCCUGUGCGUAAGCGCGGCGAGCGACAAAGGCGGCCCCGGGCCCUCCGGACGGGCAGGGAGCGCGCCCGGCCUCCCCGGCGACCCGGAGCCGGCGGUCCGGCUGCGCGCCCUGCGCCGCGGCCGGCCCUCCCCGGCGCCAGCCUCGCUAGAGGCCGAGCGGACGCCGCGGGCGCCCGGGUCCUGCCCCCAGCGCCGCCGCGCAGCCUCCCGACCUGGUUUCGAGGAAUCGCGAGGGCAGCGGGGCGCGGGCAGCGCGUGGGCCCGGCGGCCGGGCUCCUGCGGCGGGGACGCGGCCCCCGGGCGCACCGCCCGCCCCACGGACGCCUGCACGACUCGGAGCAGAGACCCGGGGGGCUACCGGGAGCCGUCCCGGCACUUCCCUGCCGAGGGAAAUCAGGCCCUUCCGAUUAAAACAAAACCAAAACAGGCUUCAGGGUGCGAGCGGGUCGCCGGGCCCCCUCUCCCCGCCCGGGCGCCCCCGGGGGCCAGACGGACGCCCAGGGGCCGGGCCGGGCGGGGCCUGACCCUCGUUGGGAACCCCGCGGGCCGGGCCGGCGACGGCGACCGCUCAGGGCCCCGCGCUCAACGCGAUUUGCACGGGUGGCCCUCGCGCCGCCGCCGCCUCUCCGCCGCCGCCUCCUCCUCCUCUGAGGAUGUCACGCCGGAGUCAGUCAGAUGGCCAGUGCCCAGCUGUCCUCCCCACGUCGCGCCGGAGCAGGCAGUGACCUUAAAGAGACAGCGCCCGCCGCCCCUGGAGCCCUGUUCGCGGAGCGGCGCGCAGAGCGCAGGGCAGCGGCGGCGCUCGGCCGCUGACCCGCGGCACCACCGGAGGCCGAGCCCGGUGAUUCGACCCGGCGGCGUCCGCGCCCAGGCCCUGCCCGGCCUCCCUGCUGGCCUUACGGUGCCCAGGGCCCCGGCCGUCCCGCGCGUGCGCCCAUUACCCACUCCCGGAGGGCGAGGGGCCGUUCCCCGCGCACCAGGCGUCAGCGUCCCCCUUGUACCUCCCCAGUCCCGGGGCCUCCACUGCUGCGUGGUGCGAGGCCUGGAGAGCGGGAGGCGGGCUGGUGCCGGUCUCAAGAGCCAUCCAGAAACUUGGGCCAAGUUGGGGUCCCAGGGGGUGAAGCCAGCCACGGCGCCCGCUCCGGCCCAACGUUCAGGGUACUUUGUGAACGCCCCAUCUCGCUCUGGGCCCAGUCCGGGAAGCCAGCCGACCUCCCUACCAGCCUUCCAAAGAGUAAUACACUGCAUUUCCGGCGGCGAGGAGCCCGGGCAGGGGGUGUUCCUGGAAGCGCAGCCCCUUGAGGGAUCGGGGCGCGCGGGCGAGUCCAGAAGGGGCGCCCUCGAAGGGCCCGUGGCCUCAGGCCCGGGCUGCGCCGCAAGCCGCUCAGCCUCUAGAAAGGGUGAGAAGCCAAUGCGCCAAAGGCCCCGUGGUUCGCGUUCCCGCCGCCAGUGCGGAGCUGCAGGCGCGUCCCGCCCCCACGUCCUCCGCGCCCGGGGGUCACGCUCAGCCUGCGCCCGCUACCUGGCCGCCGGCCCCACUCCCGCCCGGGCUCGGACCCGGCGCUGGGCCGAGCCCGGCACCCGCAACAAGGCCAGGGAAGUGAGCGCCGCGCCCACGCCGUUGCUGGCGAGAAACGUGCGCCCAAGUGCCCAGUCCCGCGGGAGACAGCGAACGCAGCCGGGAAUUCGCUCGACCCUCUCCCUGGAAAACCCAGGGCUCUCCAAGGAGGGCAGAAAACGCCAGGGCGCACCUCGAUUCCUGCAGCUCCACUGCAAGUGCGGGGCCCCGCGCCCCGCGCCCCCGCCCGCGCCCCCGCCCGCGCGCGCCCGGCGCCGCGCUGCUCGCGAGCCUAGCGUGGGGCCAGGGCGCCACCUACGGGCGCCGCGCGGCUCCCGGCGCCGCCGCGCCCGCUCCUCCUCGCGCCGCCCCGCGCCCGCCCCGCGCCCGCCCCGCGCCCGCCCCGCCAGGCCUGCCACUUACCGCAAUUACGCGACGCCUCCCGCGCCGAUCUGCUUAGGAAACGCGGACCGCUACUUAGGCGAACUUUUACGCGCCGGCGCACGCGGAGCCCGCCACCCGGAGCCCGAGAGGCCGCCCCGGCAGCGCUCCCGGCCGCCCAAACGUUGCCAGGGCCGGCGCGAAAGUUCCCUGCGCGGCCAGCCCCGGAGCGCCGCCCCAGGUCCCGGGCUCCCGCACCCCAACCCCGCCGCGCGCCUCCGCCGCGGCCCCGCCCGCGCCCCGCAAGCCCGGGGAACGCACCCCUGCGAGGGGGUGGCGAGGUCGGCGCAGCCCGCCCCCCGCCUCCAGCGCCCGGCCUGCGGCGCGCCAAGUUCAACUUCGGUGGCCGGUGGCCUCUGGGGGCCGCAGGCCGGGGCGGGGAGCCCCCGACGGGACCGCGAGCGGACCUCGCGCGCUUACCUGCGCCGCUGGUUCGACGGGCGUCGCGGGGCGCCCUGGCCGCGAGGUGGCGGCGGCGCCGGCGGCGGGCCGGGAGGGUGUGCGGCCCGGCGCCGUCCCACGUUCCCACCUCCCGCCGUCCCGGGAGAGCCCACGGGCCGGGCCGCGAGCGCGCCAGUGCGCACGCGCCGCGCUGCCUUCCACCGCGGGAGGCGGCGGCGCGGCGGGCGGGGGCCGGCGGCGGCGCGAGGAGGUACCCGCGGGCGGCCCCGCAGCCCGCCCGCCGCCGUGCCUCCCCCUCCCCCGGGCCGCAGCUGCGCCCCUCUCGCCGCCGUGCGGAGGGACCUCCGGAGCGCCCCCAGGGCCGGCGCGGGGCCCCCACGGGAGGCCUUCCGCAAGGACCCGAGUCCCGCUCCUUCCUCCGGGGCCCAAAGGCCACGGUGA